AUGAUUUUAGCCGGUGCUACUGUUGUACGACAUCCUGUCGAUGAAACUCGUCCAAGUACGCAACAUCACGAACCACCGUCGGCUCCCAUUAUUCCUGGAGAUAUGUUGGCCGCGAAAAUUCGUACCUACCUUUCGCAUCCAGUAACAUGGCAACCGUCAGCUGAUCAACGUCGUCUUAUUGGUCAUAUGGUGUUGCACAAGACUGAUAAUUCGGCUUCUGGGGAUCUCGGUCUUAAGGUUGUCGGCGGUCGACGAAGUGACAAUGGCCGUUUGGGGGCCUUUAUCACUCGAGUAAAGCCAGGAAGUGUAGCGGACACUAUCGGUCGAUUGAGAGCAGGCGACGAAGUUUUGGAAUGGAAUGGUCAAGCCCUACAGAACGCAACAUUUGAUCAAGUUUAUGAGAUUAUAUCAGCAAGUAAGCACGAAUCUCAAGUGGAAAUCAUCGUCAGCAGGUCUUCCAGUGUACCCGGUGGCGACGACUUUCUCAACAUGCAAACACCUGUUCGGCAACUACCAAACUUGCAGUAUUUCUUAUCACAAGAUCAUGAAAUGUUCGCUUCACCAUCGGCCUCUCCAUUGCUUCCACUACAAACACUUUCACAUUCUCAAUCAGCCAUACUUCCUCAUCAUCAACAGAUUAGCCCACGACAUCGGACAACAAUGACAGGAGGAUAUUUCCAAGAUCAUCUGGCCCGCCCAGAACCACGAGUAUCAGCUUUACAAGAGCAGAGUUAUGGUAGAGGACAGAUAUUUGGAAGGAUUGAGAUUUCGUUGUACUUCUCGCAUGUUGAACGACAACUGACCGUGCGCAUUGAACGGGUAGCCGAUCUUCCUCCACGUGCUGAUGGUUCGCCAAGGAAUCCAUACGUGAAGAUCUUUCUUCUGCCGGAUCGAAGUGAGAAGUCACGUCGUCAAACCACCGUGCUCGCCGAAGCAAUCACUCCCAUUUGGAACGAGUCAUUUUACUAUCAGGGAAUCACCGAACCGAUGCUCAUGGAACGAGUCUUAGAGGUUACUGUAUGGGACUAUGACAAGUUUGAGGCGAACUCGUUUCUCGGUGAAACAUUAGUGGAUUUCUCGACAACGUCAUUGGAUGGACAGACAAUGACGUUACCGCUUGUUGACAUGGACGACGAGAAUCCCCUACGGCUUGUAUAUCAUGAAAUGUUCGCUUCACCAUCGGCCUCUCCAUUGCUUCCACUACAAACACUUUCACAUUCUCAAUCAGCCAUACUUCCUCAUCAUCAACAGAUUAGCCCACGACAUCGGACAACAAUGACAGGAGGAUAUUUCCAAGAUCAUCUGGCCCGCCCAGAACCACGAGUAUCAGCUUUACAAGAGCAGAGUUAUGGUAGAGGACAGAUAUUUGGAAGGAUUGAGAUUUCGUUGUACUUCUCGCAUGUUGAACGACAACUGACCGUGCGCAUUGAACGGGUAGCCGAUCUUCCUCCACGUGCUGAUGGUUCGCCAAGGAAUCCAUACAAGUCACGUCGUCAAACCACCGUGCUCGCCGAAGCAAUCACUCCCAUUUGGAACGAGUCAUUUUACUAUCAGGGAAUCACCGAACCGAUGCUCAUGGAACGAGCGAACUCGUUUCUCGGUGAAACAUUAGUGGAUUUCUCGACAACGUCAUUGGAUGGACAGACAAUGACGUUACCGCUUAGGUUCCGAAAUCGAAAAGUGAAACACUACCACUCGUCCUAUCAGCGACCACGGAGCGAGAUGAGUUUUGUUUACAACGGCAAAUCGUCACCCUAUACAUCCAUGGAUCCCUAUGCGGAUAGUGCUUCUCGAGCUGCCUCAUCAGAAGCCGUGAUGCGGCGAUCAAGAACGUAUGAGAAACCUGAAUUAGCACAUGGCGGUGGUGCUCUACUCAAGAUGGACGAAGACUGGUCUGUUCAACCUCAUUCUGGAUACCUAUCCGAUCAUGGUUAUUAUCAACACUCCGGACAGAGGAUACGUCAGCGUCGACCUAGAAGUGCUACUGCUAUGCGACCAAUGACGGCAUCAGAAAUGGGAGCAUCACGAACAUACUACCGAAAUCUGCCUGAGCAAACGUGGGAUGACGGAGAAUUGACACCAGAUGGACGAUACGUUCCUCAGAAUAUGUCACGAUAUCCACAGCACGAACCUCAUUCAAGUAAUGGCCGAUCAUUGGUAGAAAUGAUGCAAGAGCAGGAACAACCGCAGGAAUACGGAUCUGAUGGUAGUGAGACGAUGAGCACUCAUUCAGCACAUUCGAUCCCCACAGUGAGAACGAUAAAUCGCCGUUGUAUACCACCGAACGAGUCGAAUGACAUGCAGGAGACGUCGAUGGAGGAAUACGCUUCAGAAGAUGUACCAUCAGCAUCUGGAGUCUCGGCCAAGUCCUCAGUGCCAGGGCAGUCAAUGAAGGAGCGCAAAAAGAGCAUCAUGACUCGCUUCAUUCCUGGAAAAUCCGGUGCUGCGGAAGGAAAACGUACUGGGUUCCUGCGUUCUGAAGAAGUUGGUAUUCCUGGUAACUUGUCGGCUGGUGAUCGUCUGCAGCAGCAGCAGCAGUUUGUCAAACAAGCGAGCAAAGAGUCUACUGACUCGACUUCUGACAACUGGCUACCGGUGCUACCUGAUGGUCCGCUUGGAACGUUUGUUGACAAUCUCGGUCCUGGGCAAGUCGUUGGACGGCAAGUGCUGGCAAGCCCCCUUCUUGGGGAGAUUCAAAUCGGCAUAAUGGCUGGCCGGUCUGGUAUCGAUGUGGAGAUCAUUCGUGCGAAAAAUCUCGCUGUGAAACCCGGUGUCAAAAUCAGUCCUGCCCCAUAUGUCAAAGUAUAUCUUAUGGAGGGUAAAACGUGCGUUGCAAAAGCAAAAACGAAUCCCGUCAGGAAAACCACUGCACCGCUAUUUCAGCAACAUCUUAUCUUCAACGAUAACCCAAAACGAAAAAUGCUUCAGAUCACAGUUCUUGGUGACUACGGUAGAAUGGAGCGAAAAACAUUUAUGGGCAUUGCAUUAAUUCGAUUAGAUGAUCUACGAUUAGGUUCGGAGCCGAUUAUUGGCUGGUAUAAACUCUAUCAUAGUUCAUCAUUGGCUGGUACCGGUCCCGUACGGAAAGACUCGGAAACCUCUUUAGUUGGAGCAAACGCGUUACAGUAUCAGUAG